UCCGAUCAUCCGAUGAUCCCAGAUCCCAGCGAUACCUUCAAGGGGUGACCCACCCAUCGCCAUGGUAGUCUUGGAUGUCAUGCAGCCUUGGACGCUGCCGCUGCCAGGCCACAGUGGCAGAAAGCUCCACAGUUCCUUCAUGGAGGAAGAGACUUUGCCAGGGCUUGUGCAGGAGCUGAACGAGCACGCCAAACAUCUGCGGGGCAUCGAUGAUAGGAUUACAACCACCCAGGCCGUGGUGCCAAAGGCACUGGGCAAGCUGAAAUGCCAAAUCCCUGGGCGUGAGAAGGACGUCGAAGGGGGCUUGGAUCAGCUGACCAAAGACGCCAGCGUGAUUCAGGAAUUGGUAACGAACAUCACAGAGCGUUUGCACGAAUCUUUGAACGAAGCAAUGUCGUUCAACGAUCUCAUGCACAGGCAGUUCGAGUACAAAGGCAACCGUCUGCCAGAUGAAAUCUCGGAGUUCUCCGGCACUGUGGUCAGCAACCUUCACAGAGCAGAGAAUAUGGCAAAGAAGGAGAUGGUCACCGGUGCGAAAGAUUUGAUCAGAUUGACCGACCAGGUGAAGACCAUGAUUCGGGCUUCAUCAGCAGGAUUAUGUCCGGCUUCGUUGUCGAUGGCGAUGCUGUUGCAGCCUGGGCGUGAUGUGGCAGAGGCCAGACGGAAAGGUGAUGCCUUCUUGUGACGCCAGCAGCUCCAGCACAGUGAGACUGUGAGAGUGAAAAA